AUGUUAAAUUAUUAUAGGGUUAAAGUUAUAAAUCAUGUGCUAUCCAACCCUGCUUCCCAAACACUGUUAAGGUGUUGGUGUAGUUCAAAUAUAGACAGUAAAUAUUCGGAAGCUGAAAAACAAAAAGUCUUAGAGGUUAUAAACAAAUCAGAUUUUUCAACACUCUCCAAGUAUGAUGUCACAAAAGGUAGAUCAAAAAAUAUAUCUCAAUGGAUAAACACAUAUGGACCACUUAAGAAUAUUUGUGAAGUUGAAACUAUAGAUGGGUUUACUGAAAAGCAUGUACAGAAAUUAUUUGAAAGUAUUAUACAUAAUAAGGUCAAACCUGAAAAAGAAACAAAUGCCCUGCAGCAAAUAAAAGGACAAAUACUAAAUCCACCAUUAACAGAAGUGACACGGCAGGCUGCAAACACCAUAUUAACUGUGUAUGUUACAGUGAAUUCAGUAUCAUGGGCCUUAAUUCACAAGCACAAUUAUGAGGUAGCAGAUUGGCAGUAUCAUGGUAUUGAAUAUCCGGAUAAGAGAUUUCAGCUAGGUGAUAUUUUAGAAAUUGCCUGGAAUAUAACAAAUAAGCUGCCUACAGCAGAUCUAUAUGUAAUGAAAGCUGAGGCUACUAGCCUUAGAGCAUCUGGUAGUGAUCCAAAUAAUCCUAAAGUACUUGGUGUCAAUUUGCAAAAGGCACAAAUGGUAUCAAUGAUUGUUGCCCUUAUAUCAACAAAGAAUCAGGAUUUGUUUCAAGAAGUUAGCAAGAAAUCUGAAAAAACUAAAACUAAAUUUAAGCAGAACGUUUAUUUUUUACGAUCUUCACUACCGUUUCGGUUAUAUGGUACUCUUAUUGGUAACGAGAGAGUGGCGUCAGACCAAACAGUGGAAAUGUUACUUCAAGACAACAAAAUGAGAUCCUCUGAUAACUCCCAUGUCUAUGUCCCCGAGGACCUGAAAUCGUCGUUUAGGUCGCAACGAGAUCUGCCCAAGGAUAUGAUGGGCCAGUGCCUAUUAUUUGCUUUAACAUUCAUGGACCUAUGUAUUUAUAAAAAUCAGGAUAAAAUUCAGAAAUUGUUAUCAAAGAAAGUUGAAUGA